CCGAACCCAAAUUAGAUUUGGCGGGAUUCUAACUUGGGAAUCAGAACAGGAACAUAGUUUCAUUUCACUCCCUGAUGAAUCUCUGCUCUGCGAUUUGCCUCAAAAUCUCACAACACAAGCUAAGUUCAGGUGUAAAUUUGAAAACUUGGUAGAACAAUCUUACAAGAGAAGAAACAACCACAGUGCUGGUUCAAUUUUCCCCCAAAACACAAAAGGGGUUUACGUUUUCGUCAAUUUUCAGCCAUGGACGCCAACAACAACAACAACACAUCUUCCGAUCAAGUCAUUGCAGAAAUGGUUGAAAUGGGUUUCCAGCAUUCCACCAUUCUCGAAGCCAUUGAAGCAGUAGGUCCAUCGAUUCGCAGCGCGGUGGAGCAUAUUUUCAAGACUACCACCAUUUCUAACCCUAACCCUAACCCUGAACCACCAACUCACACCUUCAAAUCACGCAAUGGGAAUGCCCUGAAUAAACAAUCUUUGCCGUCGUCGUCGUCGCAUCCGAAGCCAAUUGAUCAUUAUUUCAAACCCAUUGGUAAAGUCAAGAGCAAGAAAAGUGAAAAUGAGGUUGUUGUUAAUGAUGAUGUAAUGAGAGCUGAAGAGUUGGAUGUAACAUCUGAUUGGGAGCAAAAAUUCGAGAAAAGCGAGGUUGUUAUUGCUGAUGAUGUAAUGAGAACUGAUCCUGAUGUAGCAUCUGAUUGGGAGCACACAGUUAGCAAGUUGUUGCAAAAACAUUUUGGGUUUUCAGCAUUGAAAAGUUUUCAGAAGGAAGCACUAGCUGCUUGGGUUGCAAAUGAAGAUUGUCUUGUUCUUGCUGCAACAGGAUCUGGUAAGUCUCUGUGCUUUCAGAUUCCUGCAUUGUUAACUGGGAAAGUGGUGGUUGUGAUCUCACCCUUGAUAAGCUUGAUGCAGGACCAGUGCUGGAAGCUAACAAAGCAUGGGCUCAGUGCUUGCUUUCUCGGUUCUGGGCAACGUGAUGAUACUGUUGAAAGGAAAGCAAUGAAGGGUGUGUACAGUAUAAUAUAUGUUUGCCCGGAGACACUUCUGAGAUUGUUGCCACAGCUGCAGAAGCUUGCAAAUGGCCGUGGAAUUGCUUUAUUCGCAAUUGAUGAGGUGCAUUGUGUUUCUAAAUGGGGUCAUGAUUUCCGUCCAGCUUACAGAGAAUUGUCUGUGUUAAGGGAAAGUUUCUGUACUAGCAGGAUAAAAUCCCUGAAAUUUGAUAUACCUCUGAUGGCCUUGACAGCUACUGCUACAAAGAGAGUUAGAGAAGACAUUUUAGAAUCACUAUGCAUGUCAAAAGGAACAAAAGUUGUUCUCACAUCAUUUUUUCGACCUAAUUUACGCUUCAUGGUAAAGCAUAGUAAAACAUCACAAGUUUCUUAUGAGAAAGAUUUUCAUGAAUUGAUUAAGGAAUAUGGUAGAGAGCAAAACAUUGGUGGAAAUAAAGAAGCUUUCAUCUCAGAUGGUUCAGAUGAUAGUGGUUCAGAUGCCAGAAGAAGCUCUGAUACAGACAGUGUUUCUUCUCAUGAAUUGGAUGACAACCAAGAUAAGUAUGAUGACAGCAAUAUUAAUGUAAUGCUUUCAGGAAACAUAGACAAUCUUCAAGAGCCUUUGCAACCAGGACCAGCAAUCAUAUAUGUGCCCACCAGAAAAGAAACACUGAGAAUCGCACAGUACCUAUGCAAGUUUGGCGUGAAGGCUGCUGCUUACAAUGCAGGGCUUAACACGUCGCAUCUAAGCAGGGUUCAUAAAGAGUUUCAUGACAAUACUUUAGAGGUUGUAGUUGCAACAAUAGCAUUUGCAAUGGGGAUUGACAAAUCGAAUGUCAGAAGAAUCAUCCACUAUGGUUGGCCGCAGAGUUUGGAAGCCUACUACCAAGAAGCUGGACGGGCUGGUCGAGAUGGGAAAUUAGCAUGUUGCAUUCUAUAUGCAAACCUAGCAAGAAAGCCAUCACUUUUGCCAAGUCGUAGAAGUGAUGAUCAGAUAAAACAAGCAUAUAUUUUGCUGUCUGAUAUUUUCAGAUAUGGAAUGAAUACUUCACAUUGUCGCGCAAAGACACUUGUUGAGUACUUUGGAGAAGAUUUCAGUCAACAAAAAUGUUGCUUAUGUGAUGUGUGCAUUAAUGGACCACCUCAAAGGCAGAAUCUAAAAGAGGAGGCCUGUGUUUUACUGCAAACAAUAUGUGUCCAUAAUGCUUCUAGCUACUCCUUGGAUCCUUCAUAUAAUGAUGAUAUCCACUUUGGCUCCAAAAGUAGAAGGCUAGAAAAGAGACCCAGUCUUAUGAAGUUAGUUAGAAAUAUAAGGAAGCAGUUUCAAAAGUUUGUAACCACUGAUAUAUUAUGGUGGAGAGGUCUUGCUCGAAUUUUGGAAGUUAAAGGAUACAUCAAGGAAGGAGAUGAGAAGACCCAUGUUCAGAUAAAAUACCCCGAGGUAACAGAACUGGGAAUGGAAUUUCUGAAGUGUGAGCAAGCUUUUUAUGAGUACCUUGAGGCUGAUAUGUUGUUUGCCAAGAAAACUAACAAACCAUAUUCCUCAUUCUCAGAAUGGGGAAAAGGUUGGGCUGAUCCUGAGAUCCGUCGCCAACGCUUGGAAGCAAUGCGACUUGAUAGAAAUCCAAUGCAGCGAGUUAGAAAGCAACCAAAGAGGAAGACAAGUAAGAAAAAGAAUAGAAAAUUAAUUCCUGUUGAAGUAAUGUAGUAACCCCAAACCGAAGCAAAGCAUAAGGAUCAGCAUUGUUUGACUCAUAUACCCCCACCCCAAGGAUAUGUUGAACCAAGAACACCAUUCAUGGCAUUUGGCAACAUCGUUUUCGCGGUAAUAGGCUUCUCUGCAUCGUUCAUAUUUUGUGUGCCGAACCUCAAAAGAUGGCACACGAAACAACUGGCUGCACAAAAAUUAAGAAUCAUCAGCGAGGCCUUGGAGGUGGCAGAAGAAAGAGUGAUGAGAUUCGAAGAAAGACAUGACAGAAUUUUGAGAGAAAUAAGCGCAUGUUACUUGACCAAUGCAGAAGUUGUUGAGGCACUAGCGGGUGCUCGAGCUACCAUGAACCAGGCAUUGGAGUUUGCUGUUGAUUUGAGGACAAUUCAGUACAAAAUCAUUGCCUCUUUCCCUGAUGUAAUCGAUGUUCUUUAGGAAUUAAGGAUUCAAAAAACAAGAGGAGCUUGAAUUGCUCUCAGUUUUUAAAGCUUGCUUAAGAUGUUUCGGCAUGUAAUGUUCAUUAUACAUCUUUAUAGUCCUUGCAUGUUACAAUUUAGGAGUAAAUAGUUGAUCAUGCGACUUUGUAAGAUUUAAAGUUGAGUACUCAACUUCAACUUUACUAUAUAGAAGUGUAUAUCAUCAUUAAUAAUACAUUAAGUGUCAUG